UAUUUAUCAGUGAGACAGCGCCCCAGUCGGUUUAAUAGGACCCACAGUGAAUCGCACUUUUCUCGCUUUCGCGCACUCCUUCUUCCUUGAGUCUGAUACCCUCACCAACACUGGAUGAGUCCUUCCGUGCGGCCGAGGAAGCAGCAGCAGCAGCAGCAGCAGCAGCAGCAGCGAUCGCUCCCGUUCUCCAUCGCACCGCUGCGGUAGGCGAGAGGGGGGACACAGCAGGAGGGCACUUCGCUGUCAGUGUCACUUGUUUCUCCUCUCUGGGUGAAAUAUCCAGGGGCUGGUCAACCGGACCGACUUUCUCUCAGGCGGAGACCACAAAAAAAAGGGACUUAACGCGCCCCACUGGGGGAUCUACGGAGAAUCUGGACGGGUCCCACAUCCAAAAGGGAACAAUCGUAACUUAAGUAGAUUGCUCCGUGAUACAUCGGUGGGGUUUGAAGAGAGCCCUUCUUUUGAGCGAGGAUGGGACCGCUUCUCCUUUCCAUCGUCCUCUGUGUGAGCGCCGCUGUCCCGCACUUGGUGAAAGCAGCAGAUGGUGAGGAACCAACUACACCAGGUCCCUGCCAUCCAAACCCUUGCCACAACAGAGGAAUAUGUGAGAUCAGUGAGAGCUUCAGGGGCGAUACCUUUAUUGGCUACGUCUGCAAGUGUCCACCCGGAUUUAGUGGAAUUCACUGCCAACACAAUGUUAACGAAUGCGAAAGAAACCCCUGCAAAAAUGGGGGCAUUUGCACUGAUCUGGUGGCCAACUACUCCUGUGAAUGUCCAGGGGAAUACAUGGGAAGGAACUGCCAAUACAAAUGCUCCGGGCCGCUGGGCAUGGAGGGCGGUAUCAUUUCCAACCAGCAGAUCACAGCGUCCUCCACCCACCGCGCGCUCUUUGGCCUGCAGAAGUGGUACCCCUACUUCGCACGGCUCAACAAGAAGGGCCUGGUCAACGCCUGGACCGCCGCAGAGAAUGACCGAUGGCCCUGGAUCCAGAUUAACCUGCAGAGGAGGAUGAGGGUCACGGGCCUAAUUACCCAGGGUGCAAAGCGCAUCGGAAGCCCAGAGUACGUCAAGUCGUACAAAGUAGCCUCCAGCGAUGACGGGAAGACAUGGAGGACGUACAAGGUCAAGGGCACGGAUGGGGACAUGAUUUUCAGAGGGAACGUCGACAACAACGCACCCUCGGCCAAUUCCUUCACCCCACCCAUCGAGGCCCAGUAUGUGCGCAUUUACCCUCAAGUCUGCAGGAGGCACUGCACCUUGCGCAUGGAGCUCCUCGGAUGUGAACUGACAGGCUGCUCUGAGCCAAUGGGAAUGAAGUCAGGCCACAUCCAGGACUACCAGAUCACCGCCUCCAGCAUGUUCAGGACACUCAACAUGGACAUGUUCACCUGGGAGCCCGGCAAAGCCAGGCUGGACAAGCAGGGAAAGGUCAACGCCUGGACAGCAGGACGCAGUGACCAGUCACAGUGGCUUCAGGUUGACAUGCUGCUACCGACAAAGAUCACGGGCGUCAUCACCCAGGGAGCCAAAGACUUUGGCCACGUCCAGUUUGUUGGCUCGUACAAAGUGGCCUACAGCAACGACGGUGAGAGGUGGACUGUGUACCAAGAUCAAAAGCAAGGCAAGGAUAAGGUUUUCCAAGGAAACUUUGACAACGACACACACAGAAAAAAUGUGAUAGACCCACCCAUCUACGCUCGCCUUCUCCGGAUCCUUCCCUGGUCAUGGUACGGCAGAAUCACUAUGCGUGCAGAGAUACUCGGAUGCACAGAGGAAGACUGAUCCCAGGCCCCAUCCAGCCCCUUUACCCGAUUCCCCUGCCCUCACACGCCCCUUUACCCCCUGCUAUACUGGUGCAUCCUAGCCAGUGUUUCAAUAUGAACAGUGCAACCUGUACAAAGAAAUUGAUUUACAAUGAUUUUUUUCAAGAAUACGUGUUCAGUGGUGGUGGGUUGCUGUUUGUUUUUUGUUGUCUUUGUACAAUUAUUUAAACCUGCCCCUGUUUCACUUGUCUUCUGAUUGUUGUUGUUUUUUUAGUUUUUCAUUUGGUUAGUUAACUUUUUUAUUCAACUAUGUCGUCACAUAAUCAACCACUGUUUAGAUACGCUGCCAUGUAAGCUAUUGUACAGCGAUUUGAACAAAUACAAAUUAAAAAUGAUGCAUCGGACAUACUCUUUAUUUCUUGAACUAUGCUUCAAACCAUCAUACGUUCAUAUCCGUGUUGUGAAAUAUACAGUAUAAAAAAUUUAUUUAAUUAGCAAAAGACACUUGUUCAAGCCAUUCCGUCACCAUGAAAUGACACCACUGACAUCAAAACAUCAAAACGAAACAAUUGAAAUGCUCUUGUAUAUGAUGUAAAACACUAAGGAAUUGCAUGGUUCAUAAAUUAUAAAUUAUAGAUGUAUAUUAUGAUGGGAAGAAAGAAGAAGAAAUCCAUCCCCUUAAGAGCAAUGGCUUUUAUUUAGGGACUUAUUUUUAUGUGCAUUUUUUCACUCACUGAAUGAUAUGUCGGGACAGUUUAAACCCUACAGUGAAGAUUCCCAGGCUCGCUGUCUCUAGUUGAAGUGUGUUUGUACUUAUCAGUGUGGGAUUUCAUGUUGUUUCAUUUGUAACUAGCUAACUGGUAUGAUAAUGCCUUGUCUGGAAUAUUUUGAACCAGUUUGUCACGUCUUAUUGUCUCUUCAAUACCAUUUCUUGUUUUGAUAAAACGAUCUAUGUUCAAUUUGAAACGCUCAGGAUUGUCAUAUAGAUUCCCUUAAAAUUUAGUUUUAUUUUGCUUUUUUAGAGCCUGCCUGCAAAACCAAUGUGCAAAAAAAUUUGCAAUUAAUACCUAUACACACUAAUACCUAUACACAUAUGCAUUUGUUCUGCUACGAUACAAAUUGUAAAAAGUAUUUUAUAUUAUUUUGUAUCAUUUAGGCUGGACAUCCCUUUAUUGUCAAAUAAAUGAGCUAUAGUCAAAAAUUUACUGAAAAAAUUAACCAAAACAUAAAUAUACAAAACCUAAGUACAGAGAGCUACAAGUGGGAGAGAAUGGUAUCGUCUAGAUUCUAGAUGUCAACUAAUGUAUUCAAACUUUCAAAUAAUGUCAGAUUAAACUAUGUGAACCUUCAAAUCAUUUUAACACAA